CUUAGGUCGGAGCCCGCGAAAUUCAUGACCGGCGGGAAAACUUGAUCGCCGGAAUCGGCAUGCUUCGUCGGAGUCUAUGAAACUGAAACCAUUCCGUCGUCUUUCGUCAAUAUUUUCUUUUUCUCCGCAAAGAUGUUUUCCCUUCUCCACGUCCUUAACUCCAAAUCACCCCAGAUCAUCACACUCCUUCGACGACGUCGUUCCUCGUAGCAGCGCCGUUUACAGCCACGCCCUUAAAUUCCAGCGUCCCAUGACUAUUAACUGGCGCCCACAACUGGAGAACACCGCUAGCUUCAUUGGGACCGUGACGCGCGAACCGAAGCGCGUUAACUUAAAAUCCAAUAAGUUUAGUGUUCACACCGUGCUGAAGGUUUCAAGAUCCAAAGAACCUAAUAGCUCCUCCUGCAGGGUGCUUCUGAUGAUGUCGGACUGUGUAGCAGAAUUUGCUUCAAAACACUUGAAACCAAAUGAUUUUAUUUAUGUUUCAGGUUGUUUGGGGUCUUACACUAAACCUGAUGCCAGUGGAAACCUCCAAUUGAACUAUAAGCUACAUGUGAAGGAGUUAAAUUUUGUUGCUCAAAGGCUAGGGCAUCAAGAGCACAAGAAGUUAGAUUCCAUUGAAGCUGAAGUUGGCAUUCAAAAAGAUCAAAAUCGGCUUCACCUAUGGCAAGUGUUUUUCACCAAUCCACAUGAGUGGUGGGAUCAAAGAAAGCGCAAGUUAAAUCCAAAACAGCCUGAUUUUAAGCACAAGGAUACUGGUGAAGUUCUGUGGCUGAGCGAAUAUGAUCCUCCAUGGGUUAAAAGACAACUUCAAUUGCUUGACUCAAAAAUUGCAGGAGGAGGACCUUUUGUUCGUCGUUCUCGUGUCUCCAAUUGGGUUUAUGAUGAGUAGCCGAAAGCAAAAAAAAAAAAAAAAGACGAUUAUGGUAAUGGACGCUUACUUUGUACUUAUGAUUACCAUUUAGAACGAAGUUUACAACAUAGUGAACUUGUUUAUAAUUUAUGUAAGGGAAUGGAAGUCACUAUGAUUAUGAUAGUGUCACUAUUCUCUAGGCAACGCAUCUCAGCUGUAAGAAAGUUUAGCUAGCUCGAUAAUUACUCAAUUGCCAAAAGAAAGAAGAAAUGUUGAUAAUUUGUAUAUUCAGCUGGUUGUACGGCUACCCCAUGUAUCAUAUUGGUAUAGACACACGCAAGCAAAGGGUUAUGUUUAUAUACUCUGAGCUCUCGGUGCUUUGGUUAUGUUUGGAAGUUUUGAACGGGUGCAGUGAAGAUUUUCAAAUGAAAGGGAAGUGAAAAGUGUUUCUUUUCAUUUUUCGGAAAUUGAAUAUAACUUUUCACAUUAUGAA